AGGGACGGCGUGGCGGGCGGGUGGGAGGCUGGUCGCCUGAGCCCACGGCUUCCGGCGGCCAGACCCACGUUCUGCUGGUCGCUCUGAGGAGUGACGCGGAGGGGUCUCCGAGCGGCUCCUCCGGGCUGCACGGCGGCCUCAGGUCCUGAGUGUCUAUAGAAGCUGAGGUCCAUCAAUCUCCAUUCUUCAAAAUGCAAUGGAAUGUACCAAAGACUGUAUUCCGACUGGCACAUAGGACGUGCAUGGAACCACAUAAAGCCGGUCUUUUGGGACACUGUCAAAACAUAAAGGGACCAUUACUUUUGUAUACCCCGGAAUCCAGAGUGGUUGUGGUACAGGGCCCUCAGAAACGGUGGCUGCACUUACCCACUGCCCAGUGUGUUGCAAAAGAAAGGAAGCCAUUCAUUACUGUUCCAUCCCAACCAGGGGUCUUUCACCAUAAACAGUGGGAGCAGGAUAUCUUAUCCAAGAGAGUUCUGUCAUCCAGUGCCACAUCCUCAGGACAUCCCUCUGAAAAAAAGGAAGAACCUGAUCCGUUACAAGACAGAUCUAUUAGUCUUUAUCAACGAUUUAAGAAAACAUUUAGACAGUAUGGAAAAGUUUUGAUUCCAGUGCAUCUAGUAACUUCUGCUGUUUGGUUUGGAACAUUUUACUAUGCAGCCAUAAAAGGAGUGAAUGUCGUUCCUUUUCUAGAACUUAUUGGGUUACCUGACAGUAUAGUGAACAUUCUGAAAAAUUCCCAGAGUGGAAAUGCACUAACAGCAUAUGCCCUGUUUAAGAUUGCAACGCCUGCGCGGUACACUGUAACCCUGGGGGGGACCUCCUUCACUGUGAAGUAUCUGCGUAGCCGGGGCUACAUGUCGACGCCACCCCCCGUGAAGGAGUACCUGCAAGACAAGAUGGAGGAAACAAAGGAGCUCCUCACAGAGAAGAUGGAGGAGACAAAGGACAGACUCACGGAAAAACUGCAAGAAACCAAAGGAAAGGUUUCUCUUAAGAAAAAAGUGGAAUAGGGUGCCUUAUAUACCAGGUUUUAGACAGCUCUUGCACUUGAACCUUUGGAGACUAUGGACAAAGGUACAUGCUCUUGAUUUUUUUUUUUUUUUUUUGUUAGCGGCCUAAAUAUAGCAGUUCUCUUGAGUUAAAGAACUGAGAUAACUUUAAACAUUACUAGAAAAAUCAGUUUUUUGAAAAGAAAAAAUGAACCCAGUAUAAGAAGCACUAUAAGAAUUCAUGGCAGUAGCAGCAUUAAGCAGUGGUCCGUGUCUUCAGUCAUCCUUGCUUUGGACUUAGUUGCAGCUGCUGACUCCUUGAAUAGCUGGUGUGGCUGUAAGCAGAUUUAACACUGGAUCUUCAUCUUUAUUAUUCACUGAGGCUUUAACUGUGUUCAGUUCUCAAUAUGGAGACAAAGGAUUAUAUCAUCAGAACUGCCUGUGACUAAGAGGAUAUGUAGUCCUUCUGUGAAGACUAUAUAAUGGUUACAUACCAGUUAAAAUGUAGACUUCAAAUGAAGAAAGCUGAAUGAAAGUUGAGUCAUAUAUAUAUAUAUAUAUAUAUAUAUAUAUAUAUAUAUGUAAAUAAGAUGUAUGGUUACAUGUAAAUGAAAAAUUGACCCUUUAAAAAUGACUUUUACCUGAAGCUUGUCAUAAUCAAAUUUUUAAGCAAAUCUAUGUGGCCAUAGCACUUUGUCACCCAGCACAUAAAAUUCUUGUUAUUCCUACAUCAUGUCCUCUCCAGCUGAUCUCUCAGAGGAAAAGAGAAAUCAUUAUACCUGAAGUUUAUAGUGGGAAUCAAAUGCCCACAGCAGUGCCUGGAGCUUGUGUUCUCAGCAGUGCAGUUCUGGGAGUGUGGGACCUUCCUGUCCCUGCCAUCUGGUCUCCACCUGCCAGAGUCGGGCUUGAUUCCAUUAUGGAGUAUCAUUUAAGAUUGUAAACGCUGUUUGCUCCUUGCAUUGAAACAUUCUUACUUGAACAUUUUACUUAAUUUUUUUUAAAUAGCAAAGCUAUCAUUAAAACCAGCUUCAAAUGAAAUUCAGUCAUGGUCAGAUGAGAAAGUUGUCACAUCUAAGUGAGUGUGAUUCCUUUUGCCCUGACUGCCUUUACUCCAGUUCUAACCUUAGAAUUGAAAGUGGGAACGGCCUCUUUUGUAGCUUGUCUGUUGUGAGUGAUCUGAUUCAGUAAGAGGAUGCCAGAGGGACUGCCAGAAAUAGUCCCACAGGCAUCACCGUCACUUUGUGUGCCAAAGUGGCCAAAUUUAGAGAAUAUUUUGAAGGGAAAAAAAAUGUUUACAUUUGAUAUGUCUCACAUUUGAUAUGUCUCUUGUGUUGGAUAUGCUGUGGUGACUCUCUUCUCGGUCGGGGAGGGCAGAGUAUGAAGGGGCAGAACUCACUCUGCCACACGCAGGGUUCAUCAGGCAGGAUGAUUUAUCUGCUAAUGCAGAUCAAACGUGUGAUUCAAAAUUCAUAGCCUUUUUUCAAAUCCAGAAACAGUGAACCUGUUUUAACUUACUAAAUAAUUCAUAUCUUAAAUGCUGAGAUAGAUAUUAACAAAUUUCUUGUUUAUUUUUAGUCACUGAGACUCCCUGGUUUAAAAAUCAUGUGUUAAAUGAAACUUUCUUUUUACUUUUCACGCUGCAUAGGGCAUGUUUUCCAAUGAGGAUAAAUCGUGGGUCUAAGAAGCUGCGUUUCCACCUUUGGUUCAGUCCAUUGGAGAUCUGCUGCCAUCCAGUUUCAUAACUCUGUUGUGUUUGUUCAAUUACAGAAAGUGAGAUGCUGGGGAGUGCUUUGAAAUUCUCUAGUAAAAUGUUCUCUGAAGGUA